UAAACACUUUGAAUGCUUCAAACCAUGACCAAAUAGAGAGGAUCACAAAACUUCAUCAAACAAUACUCAUAUUUGAUCUUCAUUUUCAACAUUCUACUUCCCUCCCGUGUUAAAGUCAAGUCUUAAUCUUCAAUGUCCACCAUGAGAGGCUAUGUUUCUUUUGCAUGAGUUCUUUCCAGUUGCAAUUCUCAUCGCAGAAAGAGUUCCAACUUCUAACAAAAUGUUUGAUGACCGACUUCUCAAACGUUCUAAGAUAGCUAUCUUCUGUCUAAUAAUUUUCUCAGCAAUAAUUUUUAUUAUCCUUUGUGAUGAUCUUAUUUACCAGGAUUCUCUACACUUACAAGUGUUGCAAGCUCGACCUCACAGAAAUGGAGAGGGUAUAAGGUCAACUCGUGUUCUCACACACACCCCUUUACGUUCCUUGCAACAGAACGAAGGAGUCAGAAAAGAAAAUCCUGGAGCAUUAGUUGCUCCAUUUAAUUCAACCGAAGAAGAAAGAAUUGGUUGGUUUAAAGGGAAGCUUCACGAGUUCAAGAUUCUCCAGUCGGAUGAAUUGAGUAGGAAAUUCCAUGCUCGGAUUGUGAGGUUUUUCAGCCAUGAAUGCGAGUCUAAAUUUUUCAUGACUUGGGAGUACCCUGCAGGCUCAUUUGCAGAAAGAGAGUUGUUGUCGAUAAAGAGUAUUUUCAAGGUGCAUCCCAAGGCUUGUUUGGUGAUUCUAUCGAGGACUUUGGACUCCAUUCUUGGUUGUAGGAUCCUGAAGCCACUUCUUGAUGGGAGGUUCAGAGUUCAGGCAAUGGCCCCAGACCUGCCAUUUCUCUUCAAGGGGACUUCAGCUGAAGCAUGGUUGAAUGAGUUGGUGAAAGGGAAGAAGGACCCUGGUGAGAUUUCUCUGUUUCAGAACCCAUCUAACUUGAUGAGACUUGCAGUUCUGUACAAAUAUGGUGGUGUGUACCUAGACAUGGAUUUUAUAGUCUUGAAACCUUUAACUGUGUUGAGGAAUUGUAUUGGAGCACAAAGCAUGGACUCUGGGAAUAAGAACUGGACUAGACUUAACAACGCAGUCCUGAUAUUUGACACCAAUCAUCCACUUCUUCUCAGAUUCAUUAACGAAUUUGUGUUAACUUUUAAUGGGAACAAAUGGGGGCAUAAUGGUCCCUACCUGGUUUCCAGAGUGGUUGAGAGACUGGGGGAAAGGCCAGGCUUCAACUUCACAAUCUUGCCUCCUCUGGCCUUUUAUCCAGCUGAUUGGAAAAAGAUUGGUGGUCUCUUCAGGGAGCCCAAAACUAGAGGUGAAUCAAAAUGGGUUCAAGCCAAACUGCUUCAGCUUAGUAGUGAGAGUUAUGGGGUUCAUUUAUGGAACAAAGAAAGUAGGAAUUUGAAGAUUGAAGAUGGAAGUGUCGUGGCUAGACUCAUAUCUGAUCGGUGUAACAUUUGCAAGUAUCUCUAGUCAUGGAUAAAACUGUUUGGAGUUAACUGAGUCCCUAGGCAUGAAUUAUUAGGUAAUUAAUUUUGUUUAUUAAUUGGGUAAUGCGAUUAUCUGUGCUCUGUACCAAAAUAAUGUCAAUGUUUUACCAUAACCUAAAGGGCAUUGACGAAAAAGAAUUCUUUAAUUAUACGGCUUUAAUUAGCUUCUUUCCAAGAAUAUUUUACAAUUGUGUGCUUACAUGCUCAACUAAUUGUGAAGAUCGAACAAGAUUUCAGAAAAAGAAAAAGGUGUUCUCAAUGGAACAGGUUCUUGUGCCAUUGUAAGACAAGGGACUCCCACUUUCUCCAACAAAUUACUUACAAUCCUUUUCUUUUAAUCACUUCAAUUACCACCUACCUUGCGAGAUGAAAGGAUGUGAUCUCAGGAAGUGUUCUGUCUCUAUGUUUACAAGUCCCACAUUGCCCAAAACACAAAUCUACCAAGUCUUUAUAAAUGUUCUGACAAGGAUGUCAGCUCGCCGAGUUGGGUAGCGCCAGCUUGUGAUUCAAGCGAGGGCAUAAUGGUGGUGGGAUGAUACUGUGGCUUCUCUGGGUUGGGCUCUGACAGCAAUAUGCUGGCCUGCCCGCUCCAAGUUGAGAGCUGAUCCAUGGUACCUGAGCGAAAGCCUGGGUUUCUUGGGUCCUAAAGUGGAGGGCACUGCGUGAGGCUGGUUUCACAGAGCAGCGAAAACCUCCCUCUCUCGACAGUGGAGGGAUCACAGGCUGCUGCAGUCCCUGCCCUGUAUGUCCAGUUAGCCUAGUUUCUCAGACCACCACCGUUU